AUGGGAGCAGCGAUAACGGCUGUCUCUGGGGACCUGAGACCGAAGAAUGCUGCCCUGGUUGCUUAUCACGCCAGUGUGCCAGCGUCGCAAGUAUUCUUGUUCCCUCCACUGCAUCUACGCCCUCCGGAUGCCCUUACAGAAGCCAGCAUGAGGUGACAAGCGCCAUGAACUCACCGUUUCCCCGAUCCUCCUCUGCCGCCGGGGAGGGGCGCAUCGUGGUCCGGCUCCUCCCUGAGGGCAUUUCGGGGCUCGAGUCCUUCACGUACCAGUACCCCCUCAAGCUCAUCACGCCGAUGCGUCCCGCCGAGACCAAGAGUGCGCUCGUGUUUCUGCUCUCCUACGGCGGCGGUCUGGUAGGCGGCGACAGGGUCCAUCUGUCCGUCGACGUGAAGCCGGGCGCCCGUUUGAGCCUGGUCACGCAGGGGCACACCAAAAUCUUCAAGUCGACCACGCCAGACAUUGUCACUCGGCAGACGAUGCGCGUCAGCAUUGCAGCCGGCGGCGCGGUUUGUCUUCUGCCGGAUCCGGUGCAGCCCUUCGAGGCUAGCGUCUACGAGCAGAUUCAGAUCUUUAGGCUGGCGAGAAGCGCGUCACUUUGCUUGCUGGACUGGGUCACUCAGGGGCGCUCUGCGCGCGGGGAGGAUUGGAGCUUUGUCAGAUGGGCCGGCCGCAACGAGGUGUGGACGGUUGCGGAUGGUGCGCUGGCGAGGGACCGGCUGCUGGUCAGAGAUGCUGUCAUACUGGACAGCCACCGGGCGCACCCCCAGUUGCCGACGCUGCGCGAGUCGAUGCACGGCAUGGGCGUCAUCGGAACUCUGGUGUUGCGAGGCCCUCUGAUGAGAAAGCUGGGGGAGUUCUUCCUGGCCGAGUUCGCGGCCCUUCCACGGCUCGGGGCACGCGACUGGCGGAGCGACGACGCGAUGAAGGAGGCCGAUGCCUCCUUGAGCCCGCGAGAGAAAUGGCGCGCCGGGAGGCUCCAGCUGGAGAAGGAGAGCAGAGUGCUUUGGUCUGCGGCCAGCAUCAGGGGCUGUGUUGUGGUCAAAUUUGGAGCUCCCGCCGUUGAGGCCGGCCGGCUCUGGAUCGGGUCGAUGCUGGCCCAGGAAGGCAGCAUCACAGAGCACUUUGGCGAGCAAGCGCUGAUGUGUGUCAGCAAAUGAGCGUCGGACUAUAGCGGAUUGUUGAUGCGAUUAGCGGGGGGCGCCCUACACACCCCUGCUCUACUGUAAUGCAUAUCCUGGGCUGGAGCGCGUGAAUUGUAUGUGGUCUAAUAGAUUCUCUGCUGACUGUAGCUGGCCGUAUAGUAGUAAUAAGUGAGGAAAACAAACGUGGCCGCAGAAUGUCCCAAGCGAUAACAUCGACCCCGUAUUGCGCAUUUGCC